UCAGGCUUACUUGUGGCAGUCAGAUAAAGGUGGAGCUGUGAAAGCCAACCGAAGAACGAUCGAGUAUGAGUGCCGGAGUGAGAGUUGGCGUGUGCUCUUAUCCAUCGCUUGCGUUACCUUCGAAGGAUGUUUCUCUCCCUUCCUCAUCUCUCUACUUUGGUCGGAAAAUUCACCGAUCAAGCUUCGAUACUGACCUGAAGCUGCGUUGUAAUUCAAACGGAACACGCAGAACCAAGCCAGUGUUAGCUGUUGUAAGUUCAAGUCGUGUUCCGGAGCUUGAUUCCUCUUCCGAACCACCUCAAGUGUUCGAUGGCUCGACAAGGUUAUACAUAUCUUACUCUUGCCCGUUUGCGCAACGUGCGUGGCUUGCUCGGAACUACAAGAAUCUGCGAGACAAGAUAGAACUUGUACCAAUUGAUCUCAAGAACAGGCCUGCUUGGUACAAGGAGAAAGUGUACCCGGCUAACAAGGUGCCUGCAUUAGAGCAUAAUAACCGAGUGAUAGGAGAGAGCCUUGACCUGAUUAAGUACAUCGACACCAAUUUCGAAGGGCCUUCACUUGCACCCAAUAGUGUAGAGAAGGAAGCAUUCGCUGAUGAGUUAAUCUCUUACACCGACUCCUUCUCCAAGGCCGUAAGAGCCACAUUAUCAGGUGAAGACAGUGAUGCAGCAGAUGGUGCAUUUGAUUACAUUGAGAAGGCUCUUUCCAAAUUCAAAGAAGGGCCUUUCUUCCUUGACCUAUUUAGUUUGGUUGAUGUUGCAUAUGUUCCUUUCAUAGAGAGAUUCCAUCUUAUCUUUAAGGAUGUAAUGAAUGUGGACAUCACAGCUGGUCGGCCUAACCUAGCCCUUUGGAUUGAGGAGAUGAAUAGGAUUGAAGCUUACACAGAGACCCGUCAAGAUCCACAAGAACUUGUUGAAAGAUACAAGAAACGAGCCCAAGCAGAAGCACGUCCCUAAGCAGAUGAAAUAUUGUAACCAAAGAUUUGUUUUAUAUAUCAUUUAUAUUGUAUCGAGGGACACGGGCAACAACUGUUUUUCAUAACCUGAGAGUUCAUGAGACCAAACAAGCCGACAAACUAGAAUGAAACUGCACCUGCUUGCUUU